AUGUACGCUGACGAUACAAACAUAGCAACGACAGGAACAUCUAUUCGAGAAUUAGUAACACAUGCUAGUGAUGACUUAAAUAAUAUAUGUGACUGGCUGAAAGCAAACAAACUCAGCCUUAACGUGACCAAAACUGAGUACAUGUUCAUUGGAUCAGAUCAAAAUCUUGACAAGUUAAGAGAUGUACCACUACUAUUUCUUGAAAACAAAGCUAUAAAAAGGGUCAAAGCAACCAAGUCAUCAGGG